AAAGUCGCAUCGCACUGCAGCGUCAGCACUAUUCGACUAAGCAGCAGGAGACAUUCAAUUGAGGACGUUUGGUUGUUGGGGGCCAAAUUCAAAGUGUUCAAGUGGAACCGGGCAGGACUCAAAGGGCUUGGAGACAUCUCAGUGGUCCACGAUCGGUAUGAUGCAUUUGAUGCUCUGUGAUUGGAUGCAAAGCGUGAAGGUCCGUGCAGCCGACGAGGCCUCUUGGCUUCCUGGGGGACCAAAGACCGAAUCAACGGUGCGGUCCUUGCCUGGGCCCUGCCGGAGCCCCAAAGCCCUACGGGACGAACAGGAAACAAACAGUGGGGCCCCGGCCGAUGAGUCGUUGCAGCAGAGCGGCUGCGCAUUCAAUGCGCAGCGGAAUGGUGGGAUGCAGGACAAACCAACGACAUUUCUAGGCAGAAAAGCUCAUCGACAUUGCGACAAAACAUGAAUGGCGGCCGCCCUCUUGCUCGGGGAAGGGCGGUCGUCAUUUCUCCACUGUAUGCUGGGUAUGUCUGAUUGACAUUGAAACUGGCAUUAUCAUCAGUUAGCUGUAGCUUAGCUACAGGGAAAACUGCACAAGCAUCGAACGGUCGUACAUGCAUCUCGACGAGGCUGUGGCUAUCCGCAUCCUUGUCCUUACAGCAUAUUCUCCCUCUUCCCUCCCUUCCGCUGCAUGCAGCCGGUGACGUCCACUUGGUGUCCUCAGUUCUAGGGUUCCAUCGUCUGUCUUGUACAUUUGGUAUAAAUGCCCCAGAUGCCUGGCUUCCCCAGGGUGACCCCCAUCCUAUCCCCAUAAGGCUGCUGGCUGCCUGUAGGUUUCCUUAGACGUUGAGCGCGGACCACACUUUAGCGACUUACACACCCACAGACGCCUCACUCCUACUUUCGCCGCAUAACCUGACCACUCCCCCCUUCCCCGUCCUCCCCCUUCCCCUCCCCCUCCCCCGCAAUUGGAGUCAUCCCUUUUUACACCCCAGUGUCUUGAGAUCGAGACCGACCCUCUUUCUUUUUCUCUUUCUCUUCCCUCUCGCCUUUCCAUCUUCAUACUUGACCGGUACUGCUGUGUCGAGUAUUGUAUAGCUACUUGUCUAACUAUAUAACAUCCUUAUCCUGGCGCUGGCAAGUCCUUGAAGCUAUUCCGAUCUUCCGGUAUGGCCUCCCAGAUUAACGCCGCCGGCGUCGCCUCGACACCACCACAUGUCUGCUCCCACUGCAAAAAGUCCUUCGCCCGCCACUGUGAUCUCAACAAGCACGCAAAGUCUCACAGCAGACCAUACAAGUGCCUGUACACAAACUGCAAGUAUCACGAGCACGGCUGGCCAACCGCCAAGGAGCUGGAACGACAUGUCAAUGACAAGCACUCGCCAUCUCCGAGAACCUUUGCGUGCCUGUACCAGCCAUGCCCAUACCGGUCAAAACGGGAAUCGAACUGCAAACAACACAUGGAGAAAGCCCACAAGUGGAAGUAUGUGAGGAGCAAGUCAAACGGCAAGCGACUACCGACCACAGGCCAGUCCGAUAUCGUCUACCGUCUGAAGACCGAUGAAGCCACUCUUGGGGUCCGGAACUUUGGCCCAAGUCCCAUCUCACCGCAGCCGCCAUUAAUACCACCACGUGGCCAGGAUUUCGUUCUUUACGACGACGACCAGCAAGAAGAUGCCUUUGGCGAGGAGGACGACGAGGCUUAUUCUGGGUUCCAGGACCCGGAAGGAUUCCAGUCUUACCUCCCAUGGAACUCCCCAAAUACUCGCGUCCGGCAAGCCGAGUCCGUGAUCGAUUCCUGCAACGAUACUCUCGAGAGGCCGCUGGGCUCAGAGUUCUACGGCAGCGGACUUCUGGAUCCAAGACUUUCAUCUUAUCAAACGCCUCCAGGCUCGGAGUCUCAUCGCACCCCUGAUACGCCCUGCCUUGAUAUUGCGGCUGCGAUCAAAGUCGAGUCUCCAACCGUGACAAUGGACUUCUUUUCGCCACCAAAACGGAAAUAUGAGGCUGUCGAUGGGUCAUCACAAGAGUCAAAGCCUACCACCAACGCAACCCGUGGAGCUUCAAAUCCCAGAGCGCACCGCGCAACUUCCGGUCCAGCCAAGAGCACUCUCAACCGCAGAGACAGCUUCGAUGAAGACGGCCACCGCCCCACUAAGAAGGCAAGGCAAAUGCCCGUGGAGGAUUUCAGCGACACGAGCAUGCCGGAUAUCUUUCGAUUUGCCCACCCGACUAUCUAUGACAGAGACCAGAAGGAGACGUAUUCCCCAUGCCACACAGUUCACAGGGAUAUUUCCACUCUGGUACGACAUCUGAGCAGGCCGGCGCAUCGUUUCAAGGUCACCGAUCGGUUCAUUUCAUCCUUUGAUCAAGACGAGAACUUUCGUCAUCCGAGAGUUGGUGUUUGCCGUUGGUGCUGGUUGACAUUUACGGACCGAUCCGAAUUCGAGGACCAUGUCUUAAAUCCGUGCGAAAAGGUCUCUAAAGGGAAGCGAGAGAAGUGGAGGGUUCUUUUGAACAGCUUCACUCCCCUGGUUGAUCUGCCGGUCCAUACACAGUCAACUUUCGACGUGGUUCGGGAAAGCGAGGAGGAUGGUUGGGAUCGGCUGUCGAGAGGGCUGGAACAGUCGCCAGAGGUUGAUGGUAGCACUUGUGCUCCGGAGACAUCUCCGGCUUUGGUCUACCCAACCACUCAUGGAGAAUUUGUCUCCAUGACGGAACACCAAAGGCUCCUAAAGGAGCAUCAAGCACUCCAGGAGAAGCAUCGUCAACUACUUGGCCAGGUCACACAGGCCAUGUACGCCCAGCAGGUCUGCGACAACGCCAGGACCCAGUCUCUUGAUGCUCGGGACAACAUGCUCCUCGCAGCCAUGUCGCGAGAGGCUCACAAGGGGUCGGCCCUGGCUCAUCAGCAACGCAAACUUUCGGACCGGGACAAUCUCGUGCAGCACAUGGACUCUCAAUCCACGGAUGUUGACGUCCAGGGCUUUCUGGAAGAAGUCGAGAGCGCCCACAAGGGCCUGUCGAGGCAAGAUUCUGGCUUGAGCACCACAUCCCGCUCGACCAUUCACCACGUCCCGCCAAGCCCACCGGUCAAGUCACUCGACUAUGUUGAUGACGACCAGCAAAAUGCGGCUCAUGGCUCCGGCAGCCAAAACGCCAGGAAGCAGCCUACGUCUCAUGCCGACUCGGGCUACGCAACAGAAGGCAGACGCGGCAGCCUCGCCGAGCUGGGCCUGUCUACCGUUGCGGGGGUGGCCACGUCAGCAAUGAUUCAUCACCCUCACCACUCCAUGACGACGGCAACGACGACUGAUGAUACGUUUAUGAAGGAUAUGUUUAUGAGCACCGGUCAUGAUGAGGAGCAGCAUUCGCAAGAGCAGACUCAGCAUCAUCUUCUUGAUACUAGCUUGACGGACCCUUUUCUUGACUAUGGAUUUCCGUCGGCGAGCCAGUUAGAGGCUGAUUUGGAGUUUGGUUUUCCUAUCUAA